UGUGGAACGAGUUUGCUUGCUUUUUGUUUACUGCGUUUACUGAGUUCUUCUUACAAAGUUUUUACAAAAUUAGUUUUAUUCACUCCAAGUUGUUGAUUGAUAACUUAUUUUUCUGCUUUCGUAUACUAUAAUGAUUUGUUUAAUUGUCGUUGAAAGUUUAUAAACUCGAAGCAAAGUGGCUGACCCAAAUCAACGUACGAAACUUGAGUUGACUGGGGAUCACCCGCCUCUCGGACGAUGGCGUGUUGUAUUUUCAAAAACUGCUUCAACCGACCGACGCCGUUCUCGAAGGUAACAUUCUUUAACAUUCCCAAGGACAGCCGACGCCAGCUUUGGUUGGAACGUUCCGGCAACGAACAGGUACGCAAUCUGCCCUUGUCGGCGCGACGGCUGGUUUGUGAGGCCCACUUCGAUGAGUGCCACAUCCGGAGACAGUUCCACCGGACGACACUCAGCCGGGAUGCGGUUCCGGUCAGUUAUGAGAACGUUUUCAAAUAUGUAGAUGAUCGGGUGGACGAAGAUGGACAGCAGGAUGAACAGGUCGGUGGCGAUGCGUAUAUUGAGACUGCAGAAAUCGACUUACAGGAAGUUCCUAGCGGAGCUGGAACGGAACUGGUGGAGGAGUACCUAGGUGAAAAUGAAACAGACGUGUAUCAGGUUGAAUACAUGGAAGAAAUAGAAAAACCACAAGAAGUUGAACAGACUCGAGAACUUCAUUCACCACCGAAAGCAGUGUUUGAAACGGUUGCAACGCAAACGGAUGAUCUCCCAAAAACUUUACCUCAGCCCAGUCCUCCACGUAAGAAACGAAAACUUAGCGAAUCGCUCAAAGAAACCACAGACCAAGCGGCAAAUACCGAACCGAUGGAAGUUGAACCAAAACGCGCGCCAACUCCUCCUGUUGUCAGCACAGCUGAGCAGUCCACCCAAACGGACACUCCCCAGAAACCACCUGAAAACCCCGUUCAAAAAACCGAAGAAGAGUAUUUCCUGCUUUCCUUGGCGGAACCACUUCAACGGCUUCCACCGGAGAAAAGGGCCAUGGCCAAGGUGAAAAUGCUGACCUAUCUGGUGCAGCUUGGGUGCGGCAUGGAGAAUGUUCAGUUGUGAGCAGGUGCGUAUAAGGACUUUUGUAAGUUAACAGAAUAAAGAUGAACUUUUACCAAAGGGCA